AUGGCUGAUAAGAUUAUAUCAAAUAAGGAUCCCAAAUUGGAGGCAAUGACUGUGGAUCACAUGAGUCCGGCACCAAAGGAAAUACCCAUAGAGGAAGUCACUUUAAGACGGGUUGCGAGACCAUUGAGACAUGUAAAAUAUGUUCCAAUCAAGGCACUAAUUUUCUACUCCAAAGAAGGCCCCAUGGAGUUCUCCUACGAAAGAAAGAUAAAAACCCCCAUCGCCAAGAAUAGCUUGGUCGUGGAAGUGCAUGACGUUGGACUUAACCCGAUCGAUAUGAAGAUAAGAAAUGGCUACACAAAGAGCUUAUACGGUGAGAUCGGUUUAGGGAGAGAAUACAGCGGGGUGGUCAGCGUUGUAGGAGAAAAAUUGAAAUCGCAAUGGCAGGUGGGUGAUGAAGUUUUUGGUAUUUAUUACCAUCCCCAUUUAGGAGUCGGUGCUUUACAAAGCUCAAUACUGGUUAAUCCGAGCGAGGAUCCAAUACUUCUCAAACCAAAGAAUAUAUCUUUUGAAGAGGCAAGUGGAUCUCUGUUCUGUUUGGGAACGGCGGUAAAUAUUCUUGAUAAGCUACACAAAAAUGGUAAAUUGAAGCAGGAUUCCAACGUUUUAAUAAACGGUGGCACAAGUUCCGUUGGAAUGUUCGCCAUUCAAUUACUGAAAAACUACUACAACCUAAUUAAAAAGAUUACAGUAGUUACCACAAGUACGGGCUCAACUGUUUUAAAAAAACAAUUUACAGCAAUUGCGGAUGAUUUAAUAUUCGUCAAUUACUUAAACUGUCGUGGUAAAGCAAGUAAACCAUUGCGUAAAAUGAUUAAAGAUGGUAAAGCUGUUGACUACGAGGAAGAAACAGGUAACGAAAUUGUGACAGAUUACACACAGGGUAAGUAUGAUGUUGUACUUGAUUUUAUUGGUGGUUAUGACAUACUAGCUCAUUCAACUACUUUACUUCAUGGUGGGGGCGCUUAUGUUACCACGGUAGGUGAUUAUGUUGAAGACUAUAAAAUAGAUGUUUUCGACUCAUGGGAUAAUCCAAGCGCGAAUGCUAGAAAAAUGUUUGGCUCCCUGCUAUGGUCAUACAGUUAUACACAUUUUUAUUUUGACCCCAAUGCUAAAAUGGCAUCGAAGAACGACUGGAUUUCCAGAUGUGGUGAAUUAUUGGAAAACGGUGUAGUCAAGUGUGUUAUUGAUAAAGUAUAUGAUUGGAAACAGCAUAGGGAAGCAUUUUCCUACAUGGCAACUCAGCGUGCGCAAGGCAAACUGAUAAUGAAGGUUGAAAGGUUUUGA